AUGAAACCACUGAAAUUUAUUUUUAUAAUUUUUUUUGCAAAUAUUUUUUGUGACAAUUCAAUUGAAAGAGAAAUGAGAGAAUCAUCAAUUUGCGAAAAUAAUGAUCCUGUUAGAGACGUAGCUUUUGUUAGAAUAGGACGGUAUAAUGGCUACACCGAUAAAGGCUCUGAAUAUCAAAAAACAUAUCUUGUAUCUAGAUAUGCUAAAACAACUUGGAUGAAUGCAAAAACUUAUUGUAAAUCGUUUGAUCUCGAUCUUGUUUCAUUCGAAACAUUAACAGAAGUUUACAACUUCAUCGAUAUGGCAAAAGAAAAUUCAUUUGUAAAAUCAUUAGGAGGAGUGCAUAUGCUGGUAGAUGGCAUGACUCCUACUCCUAAUACCACAACUGAAUGGUAUUGGACUAAUACUGGAACUAAAGUAUCAUUUACUCUGCCAUGGCAAGAAGGAGAACCAAACUUUCUUAAUAAUGGAGAAUAUUGCCUUGCACUUUCAGCUCAUGAAGUUAGUACAUUAGGAUUCAAUGAUUUUCCUUGUGAUGUUGGAUUAUCUCCAUUUGUAUGUCAAAGAGCUGACUUUUAUGUUCCUUUGAGGGCAAAUUAA